CCCAGCUCUUCCCUCUUUUUUUUUUUAACUUUAUCCCUAGUAUUUCAAACAAGAUGAAAGAUAGCGAGUAGGUGCUGCACCUCGUAUACAUCCCGUCGUUCUCUUCACUAGCCUCCCGAGGCAACAGCUUACUUUCGCCCGCCUCCAAACCUUAACUUUCUCGGCGGACCUGACCGUGGGGGAAAAUACAGUGGGGUUUGGAGUAGCUACAUGGCGCUAGUAACCUAGCAACGACCUAUUAAAUCAAUAAUUUAUCUCGUCAAGUGCCCACAGAUCCCUUGACAGGCGCUCGACCUACAACGCCCUCAACUCUAAUACCUAUCCUUUCCAAUAGACACGACCAUCUCAACCAUCAUAUGGGACCCACAACUCUAUGUUGCCCAUAGAGCACCAGCUGACGACACGAUUGUUUCGCCCAGUCCCAGUGCUCCAUCGCCAAGCUGCCAAGGCAAGACCGUCAAGGUUUCUUCCCCGCAUUUCCCCCCGGGCCAACAACCCCAGAUCGUCACCUCGUCCUUGCCGCCACCACCAAAUGCCUUGCUCAUCGCUAAUUCUGACCCGUACACUACUCCGCCCAGCCUUCACAGUGGAGACAACACCCCUCCUUUCCUCUUGUCGUCGAGAGGAUGUGUCUCACGCAGCGACUACCAAGUCGCACAUACUCCGAACGUUUCGUCCUGCGCCGAGGUACUUUGCUAUUUUCUGUCGGCUAUUGCCAUUAAAAGUGUUUGGUAGCAGAGGGGGUGGCUAAAGGCUAGAUUUACUGGGCGAGAAUGAUGGGAUCUGGAUACGGAGACCGCUAGGGCUUGGAGGGGCUUCGUUUUCCUAGUGGCUCAUUGUUAGAUCUGGUGUCGCACUGCUAGUGUACAGCAGGCGCGUUCUUUGUUUCCCGUCGACUCCCCUACAACCCCGGUGCUCAGAUCUAGUUUCUCACCGAGAAGAGAUAAAUAUCGCAUCGAGGAUAUCGCGCAGUCCACAACGGGCCAGGAAACACCUCCCAGCGAUUACGAUGAAGAGUUUACGCCGGAGGAGCAGAGGAAGAUUAUUCGGCGAAUUGAUUUGCGACUUGUUACUAUGACGGGUUUGGCGUAUUGUAUCUCGUUGAUGGAUCGGACGAAUUUGAGUGCUGCUGCUAUUGCAGGGUUGAAGAAAGAAUUGGCGUUGAAUGUCGGAAAUCGCUAUUCUAUCGUCGUCCUCAUGUUCUUCGUGCCCUAUAUCAUCUUCCAGCCACCAAUGACGAUCUUAAUUCGCAAGAUUGGACCGACUAUCUUCUUGAGUACGAUUAUCAUGACCUGGGCGGUGAUUAUGAUUGGAACCGGCUUUACUAAGAAUUGGGGUCAAUUGGUGGGCCUGCGUGUACUGCUCGGUGUCCUGGAGGCAGGCUACUUCCCUGGCUGUGUCUAUCUGCUGUCUUGCUGGUAUACACGAUAUGAUGUUCAAAAAAGAUUCUCGAUUUUCUACUUGAUUGGCUGUGUGGCUUCGGCCUUGUCCGGUAUUCUUGCCUUUGGCUUGAUGCAAUUGAAUGGCCAGCAUGGCUUGACUGGUUGGCGGUGGAUUUUCAUCCUCGAGGGUGUGAUCACCGGUGCUAUUGGAUUACUCUGCUUUGUCUUCCUGGUCGACUUCCCCGACCGGGCGGCCAAAUCGUGGAAGUUCCUGAACCAAAAGGAGUGCGACUUUAUCGUGCGACGCAUCAACAAUGACCGCAAGGAUGGAAACUUGGAGCCUUUCUCGCUGAUUAAGUUCCUGCGGCCUGGAGCCGACCUGAAGAUUUGGGGCUUCGCCAUGAUCUUCUUCUGCCUAACCACUGUCACCUACGCAAUCGCCUAUUUCCUCCCCAUCAUUCUCAUGGAAGGCAUGGGCUUCGGCGUCGGCGCAGCCCAAUGCCUCGUCGCUCCACCCUACGUCUUCGCCGGUAUCGUCAUGUACGCCACCGCCUGGUUCGGUGACAAGUACCAUGUCCGCGCACCCGUCCUCAUUUUCAACGCCCUGCUCUGCAUCAUCGGACUGCCCAUGAUGGGAUUCGCCAAGGGUGACGCUACCCGGUACGCGGGCGUGUUCUUCACCGUGGCAGGUGCCAAUGCCAACAUCCCUUCGUGCAUGGCCUAUCAGGCAAAUAACGUCCGUGGACAAUGGACGCGAGCAUUCUCCAGUGCAACCCUCGUGGGCUUUGGUGGAUUGGGCGGUAUCGUUAGUAGUUUGGUGUUCCGUUCCCAGGACGCGCCGGAGUACCGGCCGGGAAUGUACGCCGCGCUCGCAUGCAAUGUGUUGAUUAUUCUGAUUGUGUCCGUAAUGAGUAUUUGGUUCCGCUUCUGCAAUCGACAGGCUGAACAGGGUAAACGGGUGAUCGAGAGGGAGCCCAGCUUCCGGUAUACCAUUUAA